AUGAUCGCGCUCGGGCAACUGUUUGAAGUCGCGGCGUACGCGACGACGCGAACGGCGAACGUGUCGCUGUGUGGAUACGUCGAGGUGGUGCCGAAUCACGUGGCGUUGAUGUACUUCAUGAGCGUGGCGGGAGCGCUGGACGCGUGCGCGUGGUCGAGCGCGAUGGCGACGCGAGGGGAGACGCGAGGCUGGGCGAGGUGCGCGAGAGCGCUGGCGGGCGUCGUUCCGACGGCGGCGCUCGCGGGGACGUUCGCGUUUCCGAGGUGCAUGUUCGGCGUGCAUCAGCGGUGCGUGGUGUGGUGGGCGUGGAGCGCGCUGGGGGCGAUGGUGCUGGAGUGGGCGCUGGAUUUGAAGUGCGUCCGAAGCGCGGCGCGACGGAGCGAACGCGUGGUGACGAGCGACGUCGCGCUACCGCAGCUGACGUACGCGUUGGGAUUCUACAUCACGAUGAAGUAUUAUUACACCAACUCAACCGAGUUCUUUCGCGGCGAAGCGUUGGCCGCGACGAGUUUCGGGUGGUGGUGCAUGAGUAAGCAUCGCGCGGGGACGUUUGCGCACCAGCCGGCGGCGCGCGCGUGGACGUGGCGCGAGUUCGUCUUGAUCGAUGGCAUCUUAGCCGUGGCGCUGUUGUCCGUCUAUCGAUACAACGAAUAUCACAACUGCGCGGCGUUCGGGAGGUUUUGA